AUGGAGGUGGCGGAGCCCAUGCCCGGCUACGCGACGCUGGUGCCGCGGGGCUGGGACAGCGCGCUGGCAGCCUGGCGGGGCUGCGGGGACUGCGGGGGCGGCUGGGGCUCCGGCCUCACCCGACACGCGCACCUGGCGCCCCGCGAGCUCGGGCUGCUGCUGCUGGGCGCGCUCGGCUGGAUGGGGCUGCGCGCCGCCGCCACCUCGGGGGUCUUCCGGGUCAGUGUGGGGCGCAGGGGGGGCGCGGGGCGCAGGGAGGUGCGCGGGGCGCAGGGGGUGCGCGGCCCCACAGGGAGGCCCCGGGACGCGGCCAAGCUCCCCGAGAGCGCCUGGAAGUUCCUGGUGUACCUGGGGGCCUGGAGCUACGGUGCCUACCUGCUCUUCGGGGCGGGGUACCCCUUCUUCCACGACCCGGCCGCCGCCUUCCACGGCUGCUCGUCCGGCAGGGCCGCGCCCCGCGACAUCCGGCGCCUCCCUGCUGCAGGGCGGCUCUGCGCCCGGUGUGGCCGCUCUACACGGACGCCUGGCGCGCGACUGCCGGUCCCCCGGCGCACCACGUGCUCGCUCGCGCUGCUGCUGCUGCUGCUGCUCGUGGCCUCCGACGCCUUUCGGGGAGCCGCGGCCGCCGACGCACUGACGCACGGACUUACAGCGCAAGGACCCGGGUUCGAGCCCCGUCCCCACCUGCAGGGGGAAGCGCCCAGGGCAGAGCAGCAGGCCUGCAGGUACCGUAACGUCGACCUCCUCGUGCUGUCCCUGCACGCCGCCGCCGACGUGCUGCUGGAGUUCACGAAGCUCAACAUCUACCUGAAGGGCCGCGGGCGCGCGCGGCGCGUGCACGAGCUGCUGGCCAACCUGGGCUGCGCGAGCUUCGGCGCCCGCGGGUUCCUGUUCCGGCCGUACUGGUUCCCGCUCAAGGCGCUGUCCGCCUCCCUGCACUGCAGCCUGCGCGCCGUGCCCGACAUCCCGUUCUGCUUCUUCUUCAACGCGCUGCUGCUGCUGCUGCUGCUGCUGCUGCUGCUGCUGCUGCUGCUGCUGCUGCUGCUGCUGCUGCUGCUGCUGCUGCUGCUGCUGCUGCUGGGCCUCGUGAACCUCUACUGGUUCCUGUACAUCCUGGCCUUUGCCGCCAAGAUGCUGACGGGCCAGAUGCGGGAGCUCAAGGACCUGCGUGAGUUCGAGGCGGAGCCCCCGAGCCCCAAGGCCGGCAAAGCCCAGUGACCCAGCAGCACUCGGACGGGACGGAGGGACGGACACUGGAGGCCAGGCCGCCCCCACCCCGGACAGGAGUCCCGAGAACCUUGUGCGGCUGCCCGAGGGGCGCUGGCCCCCGCAACAUUCCAGACCCGGCCCUGCAGGCCGCCCCCGGGAAGCCCUCGGGGUCACUCCGGGGGAGCUGGGCGGAAUAAAGACCAGGAGUGCCCAGGCCCUGGCCGCAGGACAUGCGGAUCUGGGGUGCAGGGGCUGCUUUCUGUGCCCGCACACCCAGGACGCCCCAUUCAACUCUGCCUCCCCCCCCCCCCGGCACUGGUGGCUGGAAGGUCAGCGCCUCCAGCUGGGCACUGGGCGACCAGAAGAGCCAGGGAAGAGCAGCGGCCACAGCUCCAGGCCCCUUGGCCCGAGAGGCCCUGGGUUCGAGUCCCGUCACCACAUGGGAGGACCGCAGAAAGCACUGGGGCUUCCCUUUGUCUGAUCUGUAACAGAGGAGCACACACGUCCCGAGUGUGAGCCCCGGUCACAGGAGACCUCAGGGGCCCAGAGCCAGGCGCCGGGGCCUCUGCUCUCUGCCUCUCCCCCUCUACCUAGGCGGGAAAAUAAUAAUCAGAGGUCUGCACAGGCACAGGCACGAGGCCCCAGCAGUAACCCUGGCGGCCAAGUAAACACACAAACACCUAAGCCUGGGGCU